GCCAACUGUAGAAGCCAAAAUCCAAACAGAGGUGAUGGAGACCAGCUGAUGUGCUUGCUCAAAAUCAGGAGCUCAACCCAAAUGCACAAAUGAAAUACGCAUUCUGUCGAAUGGAAGAGCUGCUGAUCCGAGGUGCACAAUGCCCCACAUCUGUCCGGAAUCGACUGUGGAGCAGUCGAGGCCCGAAGGCAGCUCGGCUCUGCAGGGCGACGCAAACAGGAGCGCAUUUACGCCUUACAAGCCGUCGACUGUCCUGACCAACCUCCAGAGGGGAAACGUGCCUACGCAAACUCCGGCAGUACCAGUGCGACGAUGCAUACACCAGUUGUCGGCACAAGGGGAGAUACACCCGGAAGAACUCGGGAGCGAACGCAUUGAGAUGAAGGAUGAGGGCGGCCUGACGCCGCUCCUCUGGGCGAGCGCCCACGGGCAGCUCUCGACCGUGCGCCUCCUUGUGGAUCGGGGCGCCAGGGUGCAGGCCACGGGCAACCGUGGCGAGACCGCGCUGCUCUUGGCGUCCGCCGGUGGGCACUCCCACGUCGUGCGCCACCUCAUCCAGCACGGCGCAAGGCCCGACCAAGCCGACCAGGAAGGAAACACGCCCCUAAUGUAUGCAGCUCUCGGCAACCAUGCAGCAACCGUGCAGGAGCUGCUGUCCGGAGGUGCAGACAUCUGUGCUCAAAACACCGUCUUCGACACUGCCUACGACCUCGCGGUCCUCAAGAACGCCAGACAAGUGCAGCAAGUGUUGGACAACCACAUCCUGAAACUACUCCAGUAAAACGAUCUCAAGACAACUCGGAAUCAAGGGACGUUGCUGCAACGAUUGAGCCGAAGAAAAAAAAAAACUGUGUACAAAUUAUCCGCAACAUUUGAGUUGGUUUCGCUAGAAGUGUAUCACCCACUGAACCUUUCGAUGCACGCCAAUCGGAAAAUGUAGCUGUGACUGGAGCCAUGACUUGUAAUUUGGUUGGCUAGCGCUUGGAGUAAACUGUCUAUGGUGAUAGACCUUUCCACCCUCCGUCGCAUGGGCGCUGCCAUCCUGGAACCGGAUGACGCGGCCGCCAUUAGGUGGCUUCAACUCGUCGCACCGCCCUUCCUUCCGCACCUCGGCGAAUGCGUUGUAUUCGUUUUUUUGUUGCGUUUCACCUGGAUUUUUGCUUUGCUCUGUCAAGUGUCGUCUGAUGCUUACCUUUACCUAAUUCCAGGUCAUCAUAAGGUGCACACCUUCUACACCUGAUUUUAAGAUGCGUCUCGACUAUUGACAUUGUCAACGUACCGGACACGUGUGGAGGCUAGAGGAGGUGCAGGAAUCAGCCUUAGCACUAAUGCACAUUGAGUGUGUAGGCAAAUCUAUUGGAGAAUUUCUUUGGUGGACUUGGAGUGGCUUUAGAGCACUUUUUUGCUGGCAUCUUCUUCAACAAGAAAGUGUGUGCUCGCAUCUACCCCAUGAAAGGACCGAGCAUGGAGGACUUUAUUGCUCCAAAUCCAUCAAGGGAAUUCCACAUACGACAGCACCAGGGUUUCCCAGACGAUACUUAUCACCUGGAAAAAAGCUGGCACAAGCGAAAUUGGUUACAAAGGAAACGAUGAAUAGAAGCUUCCGUUAAGUCAUGCAGGUUCCAAUAUGGUUCAGUACAGGUGUGUAUAUAAGCAACCAGAUGGUGCCAGGUAUACUGCUUCUAGUCCUGAGUAAUGCCAUGUGUGGCUCUAAAAAGAUAGCUUUUUCACUAGAGAUACGCAGUAUUAUAAGGCUUAUACAUGGCAUAUUGUCUCUGUCCUCGAUCACAGUCAAUUGUUAAAAUCGCUGUCCGUUAAAUGCUCCCAGUUAACUGCAACGUCGAAUCUCAUGCACCGGCAUGUCACAUGCUCAACUCUUGUACCUAUAGUUUUUGACCAGUGACGUAGCAAGGGGGGGGAGACUUAUGGGGCUUCAGCACCCUCUGAAACCCAGCCGACUCUUUAAUAUAUACAUGCACAUGCCUUCCACCAAUCUUUGGCAUGGUGGAAGGCAUGGAGCGCAUGCUGGGGGCUGGAUGUCCAGGAGACGCACCCUGCCGUCCUCAUUCUGUCGAUGGCCAUAGACAUCACUUACCACAGGUGUUGGGUCCGCCUUCGUGCGAGCAUGGGCACCGUAAAAAGGAACGUCUGUGCACGCUGAAAUACCUAGCGUCUACAAUUCCGGCACCUACAAGCGGCUGUCGCCGCACACUAUAAACGAGUUUAUUUCGACAGGCUGAAUGUUUUGCAGAUUUUGUGGAGGGUAGAUUUCGGGAACGAUUUGCAGGCACAAAAUUCCGCAAUUUCGAGUGGUAUGCAAUGUGUUCGUCACCGCGGGAUGAUAUAUUCGCGGGAUAAAUUUUUCGCCACAUUUUUCUAGUAGUGAAAUUCGCGAAAAUUAAGUUUUUUACAGUAUUGUCUUUCAUUCCUUCAUCUGUUCUAUGACAUCAAAGUUCACACUUGGGGAAGGGGAUGAUGAAUGGAGAAACAGAAACCCGAUGCAUUUGCAAACAUUCUUCAUUUACUUAAAAAAAGAGAAAAAGAAGUUCUUCACCACAUUGAUUGUUGCAGCCGAUAAAACGCAAGCUCAAGAAUCGCCCGUCUGAUGUCACGGUCCCGUCAUAUCCUCCGUUUCUGUGUGCUGAUGUACAAGACUGAAAAAAAAAAAACACACGGUUCAACUACCCUCCAA